AUCAGAGGUUUACUGCGUGAUCGAAAAUCGGAAGUGGAUUGCGCUGUAGAAGCAGCUAAAGCGUUCCAGGAUGACUUGAACAGAUUGAGCAAAUUCUGUGAAAAAACCGAAAAAGCUAUUCAGUUAGUUGAAAAUGCAACAAUUUUCACUCCAUCUGGUACCGAUCUGGAUUAUGUUCGUUCCCAAGAAACAGAAACUGACCAGCUUGCGCAUGCUCUGCAAACUCGAUGGAAUGAUGCUUGCUCUAAGGAGCCAUCGCCAGAUGCCCGCUUGAAAAUUGUUAGUUUUACAGUUUGUAUGCCAAAUUCUCCCUUUCUUUUGUACAAAAAAGUCUUCUGGAUUAUAGAAAAUCAGUGA